AGUAGAAGAGAGGAGGAGGAAAGCUUCGUUAAUAAUCAAUGAAAUGAGUACGAUUGAGCAGCUCUUCCAAUCCCUCUUCCACUCCAGGACCUCGCUUACCACACUUGCCACUCAGCAUGUAUCUUCCUACUGCCAUCCUUGAUUCAGUCUCUCCGCAGCAUUCUGACCUCCAGUAUGAAAGCUCAGCUAUGGAGGUUGGCGCUCAACACCACCAGUGUUCAUGCGCAAGCCUCUGUCUCAUUGUCAUCAGAAAUGACAGUGAUGCCACGUGUAGCUAAUCGACUGACAGGGCAUGUCUGGCUUCAGCUUCUUGUUGGGAAGUCCGGAGAAACGGCCGCAGCCUAUCAGGCCCGGAUGCUGGCUUUGAUUACCGAAGCCAAGCAACGGGCGGAUGCAGCAGCAGCCGCAGAGAAGAAGAAGGCGGAGGGCGCUGAAAAGGCACAUCUGUUGGCGAUCGAACAGCAGCGCCAGCACGACGAGGCAGGAGCAAAGGCUGCCGAUGAAGAACGCAAUCAGCGACGGGAGAAGGUGUUCGGCGAGGAGCGAGCUUUGCUCACUAUGGCAGCGGCAUGGCGGACCGAGGCCGAAGGUGGCGAAUUCAGCGACAGCAGACCACGUAUCUCGCUGUUGCUCUCCCACCUCACGGAUCUCCUGGCAACGUGCAUUGCACAGCAGGAGGACAUCCAUAGCCUCGACGACACGGUAAAGAACCAGCAACGGACGUUGGAUCAAGUCAACAGGUGCCUUCAGCAGCUGGAGCAACGAUCGGUCACCGCCCCUGUCGCCAGUGCCUCCAACACCUCCGACGGACUCAACGCAUUGGAAGUCGACGUCGGCGACGGCAUGCAGCUACAGCAAACCACGACUCAACAACUUGAGCAGCGGAUCUGCACUGCCGCCACUCACCCAAGCACGUCACAACGCGAAUCGACUCCGAAGUUCGAUAGUCAGGAGAUCUUCUGCGACGCAACAAAGACGAACCCAAUUCCUUGGUUCCGCCAGUUCGAGCUCAAGUUGCAGCUCCACCACGUCCCCGAAGCAAAGCACCAUGCGUACUUGUACUCCCGAUCGGGGGGCGCGUGACAAGCAUGGUUGGACAACCUCUUGUCGAAAUAUGGCGUGGUGGCGACCGACUUGCAUACCAAGAUCAGUCGGGCGGAUCUGAAAGCGGCAUGGCAUAAGUGGUUCCAGAUCGAGCCGCCGGAAAUGAAAGCCAUGGACAAGC